AUGGCUUAUGGUGCCGUUGGCAGUCUUAAGUUGACAAUUGAGCGCCUAUUGAAUUCCUCACAUAUUUCGAUUGUUCAAAAUUCAUCGCCACAAAUCAUAAAACUUUUGUACGAGGAGGUUUGUUCAUUCCAAGAUGCUCUUGAAGAAUUCGAUAAAUGGAGGAGCACCAUUAACAUGAACAUGGUGAAAACAUUGGAGGCAGAAAUGAUAGAUGUUGUAUACAAAUUUGAAGAUGUAAUAGAAUCCUAUGUCUUAGAUCAGAUUCAAUCACUAUCAAAAGAAAGCCAUCAUGAAGAUCAGAUUCAUCCUCCAUCGUUCGCAAUAGAUCUUCAAGACCAAAAGCAAAAUGUCGAUUUCUUUAUCGAAACGGUGAAGGUGAUGAAGACGGCCUACAUCCACGAGUUGCACAAUCCUUCACCUGAAGAACAAGAAGAAGACGAUCGUGUGGGCCCGUCGUCAAUAAUUGAUUUUGGUGGAAAUCAUGAUUCAGUGAUUGGACAAUCUAAAGACUUUAUUGAAUUCCUUAGAGAUUUAUUCACAAUCAACUAUCGAGGUAGUUCACGAACGAUUGUCUCGAUCUACGGGAUGGCUGGCAUUGGUAAGACUAUUGCUGCCAGGAAAUUCUUUCGGGAUCCAUUGAUUGUGAGUCAUUGCAACAAACGUGCGUUUGUGACGAUAGGCCCGAAGUAUCUAUUAAAAAGCGUCUUGCUGGAUAUUCUAAGACAAGUGAAUCCUGAUUUUGAAAUAACUAAUAUGGAUGGAGAAAUGUUAGCCGAGUUAAAAAGGAUGGUGUGCGAGAGCUUAAAGGAUCAGAGAUACUUCAUCGUGUUGGAUGAUAUAUGGGACAAAGAGCUGUGUUCAGACUUGAUGGAAUUAUUUCCAGACAACGAUAAUCAAAGUUUAGUACUAAUGACUACUAGGCUAGGCGAAGUAGCUGAUAUUGCACCCGCCAAAUUUCAGUAUAAAAUACCUUUCCUUGAUAAGAAAGAGAGUUGGGAUCUUCUCCAUCAGAAAGUGUUUGGGGAAAUGACUUGCCCUUCCGAGCUCCAGAAAGUUGGAAAGAAGAUUGCAGAGAAUUGUGAAGGUCUUCCUCUUACAAUCGUCACUGUUGCCGAUAUCCUAUCCAAAUCUGACAAGACAACAGAGUACUGGAACGAGGUAUCAGAUGUAAAAGAUUCAGUAUACAAGGAUGCAUAUGAUCAAAUGUCAAAGGUACUACUUCCAAGCUAUGACUACUUAAAUCAAUAUUUAAAAGCAUGUUUUCUCUACAUGGGAGUUUACCCUCAGCUCCAUAAGAUACCUUGGGCCGAGCUCUCCUUCUUAUGGAGCUUGUGGAGCGCUGAAGGAUUUCUCUACUCAGCUGCACAAUUUCGUGAAAGAAUUCCUCACUCGGAUAUGGUCAAGAUGUUCGCAGAGCCUUGUACUUAUUAUAUGUUUGAGCUUGUUUUAAAAAAUGUUAUCAUGUCAGACAUUGAAGUAUCAUGUUAUAGCCUCCAUUCAUCCUUAUGGUACAUGUGUAACAAAGAAGCUGCCAAGAACAAGCUUUUUUAUGCCUUAAAUUGUCGUGCCGAUGCUUUACCAGAAGAAGGUAUAGAAAGCCAACGCCGAUUGUGCAUUCGAAAUAAUGUUCUACUUGCCAUAGAAGAUGUGCACGAUUCAAUUGCAUCUACUUCAACGGUACGCUCUCUCCUAUGUAGCGGUCCAUAUCAUCACUAUCCUCUACCAUUGUGUUUGGAACAUUUAAGGUUUCUGAGGGUAUUCCACGCUUGUACAAUAAGAUUCUACGAGUUCCCAAUAGAAAUACUGAAAUUAGUUCAACUAAGAUACCUUUCCCUCACUUAUAAUGGAAACAUCCCUUCUGUCAUAUCCAAACUCUGGAACCUUCAGUGGUUGAUCGUCCGUCGACAAUUGAUAGUUGAAGAUAAUUCAUCGUAUAUGCCUACAGAGAUAUGGGAUAUGAAAGAAUUGAGGAAACUUGAUAUUGCGGGAUGUAAACUAUCAGAUCCUCGUGAAAGAUCUUUCUUACCAAACCUUUUAGAACUUUAUGACGUGCAUCCUCAAAGUUGUAACAAAGAUGUUUUUGAAAGAAUGCCUAAUCUAAAGACGUUAAAAAUUUCAAUCAAAUUGGCUCACGAUAAUGUUGACCAACCCUCGAGCUGCUUUGACCAUGUUUCUCAUCUCCGUGAACUAAAAUCAUUAGCAUGUGUCGUUAUGAAUCCUACAUUCAAGGCUGAGGUUGUUGCCCCACUUGCUCGUCUUUCAGACUUUCCCUCAAGUCUUACAAAGUUAACUUUGAACGGGUUAGGAUAUCCGUGGGAAGAAAUGAGAAAGAUUUCUUCAUUGCCUAAUCUCACAAAUCUCUAUUUAAAAUGCUAUGCCUUUCGAGGCCCAAAGUGGGAGGUUCGUGACAACGAAUUCCAAAGGCUUAAAUCUCUUGAGAUUGAAGACAUUGAUCUGGAGCGAUGGACAUUUCAAAAUGACCAUGAAUGCAUCCCCGCUAUUAAGGCUCUUCGCAUCGCACAUUGCUACAAGUUAAAAGAGAUGCCUCUCGCAUUUGGUACAUCUCUUCUAGUCAUUAGCAUCGUCGACUGUAACCCUACGGUUGUGAAUUGUGUAAACAAGUUAAGACGGGAUUCUGACGACAAAUAUGGCGACGGAAAUUCAUUAUUUGUUCUUGUCCAUUCGUCGUGGGAUGAUCCGGGAACAUCCAGCCAUGAAUCACCAUAUUGA